AUGGGAGUGAGACUGCAAAACCCAGGGUACCAGCAUGGGGAAACUAAAGACUCAAAACCUCUGGCUGUAAAGCCUGUGGGCGUGACAAAGUCCAAUCCUGACACAAAUGCUGCUAUUUUCUUGUAUAUUUUAAGGACUGAAACAUGUUUUUGCAGGGUUGUUUAUCUAAUUACAAAAUGCUGGUUCUUUUGGUCCCUUCUUUUGCUGAGUUUAUUUGGAAUCAUGGUUGUCUACUCCUCAUUGCUGUUGGUACUUGGAUUUCUGUUGAUUUGGGAAGGCUGUGAACUCUACCUGCACUGGUGUCAUAAGAUCCUGAUUGUGCUAGUGAUUGGGAUAUGCACGUUUUUUAUGACGGUUUUAUGCAAAUUCUGGCAUGACCGGUGGCUGACACUGGGGCUCUCACUGAAGAUCUUGGCUCCCUACAUACACCUGAGCAGCAUAACCAUGAUGGUUCUCCUUUCCUGGCCUGUGGCCUUCUACUUGGUCCAUUGGGAACAAGAAGCUAGAUUCAGAAGAAAAAAGAUGAUACACUAUGGGAGAAGAGGAGUAAAGAGAUGUACUAGACUCACAAAGCUGAGAGCUGUACAAGUGGCUAUUGGAUUGCCAUUUUGUCUUAUCCUUUGCUGUCUCUUUGUGGUGCCAUUGGGGAUUCAUUCUCCCUGCCUUCAGGAGAAGGAUGAGUUGGGACCCAAGCCGGGCCUCUUUGGACAUAGAGGUGCGCCCAAGCUGGGGCCUGAGAAUACCAUGAUGUCCUUUGAGAAAGCUGUUGAAAACGGGGCCUUUGGGCUGGAGUCUGACGUAUACAUGAGUUGUGAUGGGGUGCCUUUCCUCAUGCAUGACUAUGACCUGAGAAGAACAACCAACAUCAUGGAGAUCAUGCCAAAUGCCUCCAACGUAACAUCUAACCUCUUCUACUGGGAUUUCCUGUCAACUCUGAAUGCUGGCCGCUGGUUUAUACAACCACAGCUCAAACCAUUUUAUGAUAUGGAACCCUUAUCAGAAGCUGAUAGAGAAAAAGCAAGAAAUCAAAAGAUUCCAAAACUGGCUGAUUUAUUGGAACUUGCACAGAAGGAGAGAAAAUUUGUGAUAUUUGAUCUGAAUAACCCUGCAGGAAAAAACCCUUUCAGAAAAACGAUUAUCCAACAAGUAGUACGUGUGAUCCUUGACUCUAAAAUUGAGCAACAUCUGAUUUAUUGGCUGCCAGGUAGUAAUAGGAAUUAUGUCAAGUCAGAAGCUCCUGGUUUUCAGCAAGUGGGCCGGCUAUAUCCCAUUGAAGUACUUACAAGAGAAAAUAUCAGUAUAAUAAAUGUGGACUACAAGAGGUUGUUCUACAACGGGUUGAGAGAUUAUAAAGCAGCUAACAUCACCAUCAACUUGUACCUCGUCAAUGAGCCGUGGCUCUUCUCACUGGCAUGGUGCUCCAGGAUUCACUCAGUGACCACAGACAAUAUUCAUCUCCUGAGGCAGAUCAAUCACCCUUACUACUUCAUGACACCAGGUUACUAUAUGUUCACGUGGCUUCUCCUGGACGUUGUUUCUUCUAUUUUUAUUGUUGCCAUAUUUUGUUUUCAUACUGAGAAUAUAAGCCUCGAAAAGAGAAAAAGUAAGAAACGAGCUUUAAAAAAUGUCUCUGUAGAGCCACCCUCCCGAGUUGCAGAAAUACCUUGGACUGUAAAGCCCCUCUACCCACCCGUAGCCAAGAGCGUACGACCUGCCGAGUUUCAGCAGUCCCCGAGGAGAAAGAGAACAAGUCAGAGCCAGUCAAGAAAACCAUCAAACACCACUGAUGCCUGCAAGGGUGACACUAGACAACUGAUACCCUUUAAGGAUUCUGAUUCCAUCCUAACCCCCACAUGGGAGGCCACCAGGAAGGCCACCCUCUAA